AUGAGCUCUACGCCUGCUCCGGAUCACUACAAGGUUCUCGGUGUCGCCAAGGAUGCGCAAGUAGCAGAAAUUCGUCUGGCCUAUCGCAAGCUUGUCCUCAAGUGCCAUCCCGACAAGGUGCAAGACCCUGCCCUCAAGGCGCAGAAACAGGAGGAGUUUCAGAAAGUCCAGCAGGCCUAUGAGCUGCUGACGGAUGAGGAAGAACGCCGGAAAUACGACGACCAGGUGAAGCUGGCCGAGUUGAAGGAACAGCUGCGCAAAGCAAAUGUUAGCGGCACCCCUCGAUCAAAUUCAAAGUAUGCCGAGUAUGAAAUUCGCACUGCCGAGCCUCGCGCCUCGUCUUACAAGCCGGCCACCAAUGUACCCCCACCCGCGGGCAAAGGAUACUCGUACCCGCGAUCUUUUGAAGAUGAUGUGACCUUCAGACCUCCAGUGUACCAGACUGGCUCAUCUCGCACAAGACAAACAACCUACGUCGACAGCCGCUCCAAGCGUGAGACCGAGCGAGAUCGCGAAGCCGCCAGGGAAAAGGAAAAGGAAAAGGACCGGGAACGCCGAAAGAAGGACAAGGAAGAUCAAGCUCGUCGCGAGAAGGAGGCCAAGGAGGCCAAGGAGGCCCGCCGAGAUAAGAGAACCAAGGAGAAGCAGCGCGACAAGGAUAUCAAGCGCGAGUCCGAAGAAAAGAAGAAGCACGCCAAACCUUCGGCCUACGUUGUUGAUGACUACAGCGAUGAUGCCCCCGCUCCCACUCUUAAAGCUGACAAGAAGAAGUCGAGCAAGAAGUACGAGGAUAAGCGGGAUCGUGAUCGCUCUUCUCAACGCGAAGACAUUCACAUCGUGUCUCCCCCGGCCCCAGCAGUCCGCUCUUUUUCAGAGUAUGCGACCAGCAAGUACGUGGAGUCUCCACGAACUGUCCCGGCCGCCCCAGAACCAUCAUCUUCUUGGGAAGAUACACAUAGUAAGCUCAAGGAUGCCGCCUCUUACAUCGAGGCGGCUCGAGCCAAGGAGGGUGCCGCUGCCCCCGGUGGUCUUAAGCGAUCUAUGACUUAUGCGCCGCGGAUGACGCAGCCUCCUGCAGCUCCCACUCCCCCACCCGCUCCUAACCAGGCAUCUGUGUUUCCUGUCCCCGACGAGGAUGAUGUUCGUCGCUCAUCUGCGCGACCUCGUCGUGGCUCAACGGAGAGCAACCGCCCGAGAGAUAGGUAUAGCAAGUCGUCCAGGGAGCCCCUCACUGAACCUGUCGUCAUGAGCGCCUCCCCCAACAGCCGCCAUGCCGCUCACCCCGCCAUGUCCGGCUCGCCCCCUCACUUGUCCCGAAACAACACCAUGCCUGCCGAUACAGCAAGCUACCCACGAGCUGUGCCCAUCACCCGCUCCCAAACCUACAACAACUUUGGAGAAGGAACCGACCCUCGCGGACGGAAUCGUACGCGCUACCAGUCGCAAAUUGACGAGGAAGAAAUCGAUUCAGACGAAGUUCAUGGGCAACGGGCCGCCAGAGAUCGCAGGCACCGCACCAGCAGGAGGGAGCAGUCCGUCGACCAAGGGUAUGGCGAGACUUCUCGAUACCCUGGAUAUGAGAGCAACCGACAGGCGUCCUAUAGCCGUCGCGCUGACCCAGAGCCGGAUCGAUAUGCCUAUUACUCUUCUGGCCACAACGACGGCCGGCCUUCGAUGCCGGUCCGUGACAGCAGCUAUUCCACCUCUGCAGGAUCUGCUCAUUUUGCCAAGGUCAAGACGUCCAAGGCCUACGGAUACGACGACGUCCAGUACACCCACUACCACAGCCAGAAGCCACGUGAAGAAUAUACUUAUGCAUGACGGCGUUGGACUUCCAUUCUUAUACUUCAUUUCAUAUUUCUUUUACUGUUCCUCCCUGUUCUCGACCUCUUCUCGGUUUUAGCUGAGCGAUAUCUUUAUGAAAACAAAACCCACACACAGGGGUCCUGGUCCUGGCAAUUCCCUGAAUUUUAUUAUUAACAGAACUGUUUACAUGCAACUAUUCCUUUUUUUUUUUUUUUUUUUUUUUUUGCAAUCUAUUUCAGAAAUCAUCCUUCGUUUUUCUUUUCUGUUUCUAGUCCUGGUUUCACUAUACGACGAGAUGAGAUGAUCUAUCUAUGACUACCACAAUUACGCGGAGUGCACUGGUGUGCUUCCAUGAUACGGGAUGAUGGCCUUUCCCCUUUUUACUUACAAGCGUGUAUGCCAGAUGUUGGCAACCAAUUUGUUUUUCCUUUUUCCUUGUUUUUGCGACUCCAUAUUUGGAAGAAUGACGUUUCUAUAUUUCCCGCAAUUGCUGAGAUUGGAUGCUCGAGGAUACUGGAAGUGAAGCUUCACUCUUUGUACCUGGGCGUGGAGAGGGAGAUUUGUUUGAUCUGCAUGCGCACAUGAAGCUGGGACCCAGUCCCUUUGAAGUGUGCCACAAGGCGUUUUCUGGAGGACUACACUGUUAUGACAAGCCCAGGGAUACCAUUCGCUCUUUUAUAGACAUGGGCACGAUUUGGAGAAGAGAUUGAAUAGCGGCGGAGAGUGGAGAGCUACCAAAGCAUUUGGAUAGAGCCGCGACGACUGCGCGCAGGGACGCGGCAUGACUUGAUGACUUAGCUGUCGGUGUUUCUACGUCAUUUUACUGGCCAAGGAUUGUAUGUUUUUCUUUCUUUUUGAGGGGUUUUCGCACUGGAAACUUUUGAGAUGGAGACAGAUCUGUAGCUAGCAAUCUGCAAACAUGGGCAGAAAUUUGAAUAUGAAUAUGAACAUAAGAAUGG